UGCGCGUAGCACGUUCUCCGUGAUUCAUUCCGUAGCAGAAUUCGCCCGUUUACGGAUACUUGUAAACAACUCGUAGAGUAUAUUAAAUUGUAUUAAAAUAAUAAGUUAUUAAUAUAAAUGUAGUGGUUAUUUGUCAAUAUAGAUAUGAAUAAUAUUUAAAGUGCUGUGUCGUCAUAAAUAAAGUGUUAAAUGUUGCUUAGUAUGUAGUGACAGUGAUAGCAAGGAUGAAGGUUUUCAUUCUAUUAGCAGUGUGUGCGUUGAGCUCAGCGUACAAGAUCACACAGUUGAAAGUGCCGCUUUACGCAGACCCGCGUCGAGCUGCGGAACUCAGCUGCCACUUCCAGAUGGAUGACCAGAAGCUACAUUCCGUGAAGUGGUACAGAGAUAUGCACGAGAUCUUCCGGUAUAACCCCUCGCAGAAGCCACCAAUCCGAUUAUUCAAUGUGACCGGCAUCAUGGUGCAAGGCGGCGAAUGCCAGGCAGAGUGGUGCCUGGUGCGUGUGAUGCCUCCGCCUGUCGCCGCUAGAGCAGCUUACAGCUGUGAGAUAUCUACGGAAGGACCUAAGUUCCAGAUAGCGCGUCAAACCAAACAUAUGACUGUCGUCGCGAUGCCAGAGAAGGACCCAGUCAUAAUUGGUGCUCCAAAAUUAGUGAAACCCGGAGAGCAAAUAUUGCUUAAUUGUACCUCUGACUAUUCUCUCCCGCCCGCUGAUAUCAACUGGUAUAUUGACAAUGAGCUUCAAAAGCAAGAGCCGUGGCAACGCACAGAGCAGAGCUUACCGCAAGCAGGUGGUUUGCGAGCGUCAUGGCGCGUGCUUCGUGUGCCGGUUCCGCCAGCAGAGAGCGGAGCACUGCGGGUGCGUUGCGAGGCUGCAUUGCCCGUGGAACCACCCGUUCGCCGUGAUGAUGCUGUUGUACUUACUCUGUAUUCGCGCACGCAGCUCUCCAAGUACGUUUCUAAUGCAGGUACGAACGUGGAUAACGAAAUUAAGCUAUCAUUGGCAAUCCUGUGGACUUACAUUUUAGUUACGGUAGGAUUAUGAGGCUAAGUUAGAUAAUGGUGAUGUUAGUGUAAGUCCGUAGGGAUAUAUAGUCAGAUUAUUUUUAGCAUAAGAGCUUUAAAAGUGCACAAUUCAAGCAAAAUGUGAACAUAUUAUUAUAACAGGUUGAGUUUUUGACGUGACAACGUCUUAUAAUUCGAUGGAGAUGGCUGCACGCAC